AAGAAGCUUCGUAACCUGCCGAACUACUUUAUCAUGAACCAGGCCAUCAGUGACUUCCUCAUGGCUUUCACACAGUCCCCGGUCUUCUUUAUCAACUGUCUCUACAAGGAAUGGGUGUUUGGAGAGAUGGGCUGUAAGAUGUAUGCCUUCUGUGGAGCCCUGUUUGGCAUUACUUCCAUGAUAAACCUACUGGCCAUCUCAAUUGACCGCUACCUGGUGAUCACUAAGCCUCUGCAGGCCAUUAACCUCAGUUCCAAACGAAGAACCACGGUGGCCAUCCUCAUGGUCUGGCUUUACUCUUUGGCUUGGAGUCUGGCUCCUCUUGUUGGAUGGAGCUCCUAUAUCCCUGAGGGCCUGAUGACAUCUUGCACAUGGGAUUAUGUUACAUACACAAUGGCAAAUAGGAGCUACACGAUGAUGUUAUGCUGUUUUGUUUUCUUUAUUCCACUGGGAAUCAUCCUUUACUGUUAUAUCUUCAUGUUUCUGGCUGUACGGCAGACUGGCAGGGAGGUAGAGCGUCUGGGGACCCAGGUGAGGAAGUCCACCCUGAUCAAGCAGAGGUCCAUCAGGAGUGAGUGGAAGCUGGCAAAGAUCGCCUUUGUCGUCAUUGUGGUUUAUGUCCUCUCCUGGUCACCGUACGCCUGUGUCACAAUGAUUUCCUGGGCAGGUCAUUCGAAAAUCCUGUCGCCAUACUCCAAGGCCGUCCCUGCAAUCAUAGCAAAAGCCUCCACCAUCUACAAUCCAUUCAUCUAUGCUAUUAUACACAACAAAUACAGGAUGACUCUGGCAGAAAAGAUUCCCUGUCUGAGGUUUCUGUCCCCCACUCCUCGAAAGGAAUGCAUGUCCUCCUCCAUCAGCGAGUCCUCUCUCAGGGACUCCAUCAUUAGCAGACAGUCCACAGCCUCAAGGACUCACUUCUUCACAGCUUCCCAUGACAUGGUAUUAAGGGAUGUUGAGAUGGAGCCGUUGGGAAGGAAGUCCGGUGCUUCCCUCAGAAGCAUGCCAUCGUACAGACAGCCUUCCAGAAACAGGAAAUAUAAGAAACAGUUACAGCGAAAUACAACCAAAACCCAAGUAGCAGAGAAGCACCCAUCUACCAUGAAUGAAACAUACUGUGACCAUGAGCUGGUUUGCAGUUCUCUCACCAUCGCAACCCUCCCCCUACUGGUCCUCACAAGGAAACGCAGUCAGAGUUUAUCUGAUGAGAUUUCAGACUCAAGCGAGAAGAAAGGCAGCAUCAGGGAUCACCACAAGAGCGACUCCUUCGAUUCUCAUUUUGGAAAAAUACCAACCAAUGAUCCUAGAUUGCCUCAGGGUGUCCCUCGCAUAAUUGUCAUCAGUCCCACAUCUGAAAGCAGUCUUAUCAACCAUGACAGUGUCUGCUUAGAAGACAGUGUUGAGGCGAUGGAGAACAAUGUUUUUGUUAGCUUAAACUUCUCAUCAGAAGUCUUUGAGGCAGUGGAGCUGCUGCCUUGAUCAGCUGGA